AUGCCUCCGCAGAUCCUCUCCAACCUGUCCCUGAGCGCGGACGCCGGUCCCGGCGGCUUAGUUCCGGGGGUGUCGGAGCGGGAUUUCCUGGGCGCCCCCGACGGGCCCCCCGCGGAGCUGGCGCUGCGCUGCGCGAUCCCGUCCCUGUACCUGCUCAUCGUCACGGUGGGCGUGCUGGGCAACGUGCUGCUGCUGAAGACCUUCGUCGCCACCGGCGCCUUGAGGAGCGUCCCCAACAUCUUCAUCUCCAACCUGGCCGCCGGGGACGUGCUGCUGCUGCUCACCUGCGUGCCGGUGGACGCCUCGCGCUACCUCUUCGACGAGUGGGUGUUUGGCCAGGUGGGCUGCAAGCUGAUCCCGGCCAUCCAGCUCACCUCCGUGGGGGUGUCGGUGUUCACGCUCACGGCGCUCAGCGCCGACAGGUACCGAGCCAUCGUGAACCCCAUGGACGUGCAGGCAUCAGGGGCGCUGCUGUGCACCUGUGCCAAGGUGGGCGGCAUCUGGGUGGUCUCGGUGCUGCUGUCCGUCCCCGAGGCCGUGUUCGCCCAGGUGGCCCCCGUCGCCGGCCUGGACAACGGCAGCUUCGCGGCCUGCAUCCCCUACCCGCAGGCGGACGAGCUGCACCCCAAGGUCCACUCCGUGCUCCUCUUCUUGGUCUAUUUCCUCGUCCCGCUGGCUGUCAUCAGCGUGUAUUAUUACCACAUCGCAAAGACCCUGAUUAAGAGUGCUCACAAUCUCCCCGGAGAAUCCAACGGGCACACCCAAAAGCAGAUGGAAACACGGAGACGCCUGGCUAAGAUUGUGCUGGUCUUUGUGGGCUGUUUCGUCUUCUGCUGGUUUCCAAAUCACAUCCUCUACCUGUAUCGGUCUUUCAACUAUAAGGAGAUAGAUCUGUCACUAGGACACAUGAUUGUCACCUUGGUUGCCCGGAUUCUGAGCUUUUGCAAUUCUUGUGUCAACCCUUUUGCCCUGUACCUGCUCAGCGAGAGCUUCAGGAGGCAUUUCAACAGCCAGCUCUGCUGUGGGGGGGCGUCCUCCCGAGGGGGCUCAGCCAGAAGCUUCCUCAGCUCUUCCGCCGUGCGCACCACGUCCCUGAAAAGCCACGCCAAGAACGUGGUGGCCGACCCCGCUGUGCUAAACGGGCCCAGCACCAGGCAGGAGAGGGCGCCGUGAAGCCCGCCGGGCAGCUCCCGCCUGGAAAGCAGCUUUCCUAUCCCUGUCGAGCAGGGUGGAACGAGACACUCCUCACCAUUCUUACUAUUGCUCAGCUCAUUCGUUGGAGGAUUUCCCAGUUGACUUAGAAAAACCAAGACAAAUAUGACUAGUAUUUUUUCUCAGAGCACGUCUUUAAAUUACCGUAAAAAACAUAUAUUGCUCACAUUAAAAGCUAUUUGAAAGGCAGUUCCAAUCAGUCAAUAUUGCUUCAGGAUUUAGGCUAUUGCUAGAGCCAACUCCAGCAUGUUUAUCUUAAAAUCGUUUGAUCUUGACACAGGAAAUAAGUUCAUGUAUUGACUCAACUGUUUAAUAAGGGUAAUAUUCGAACUCCUAUUAUUUGAAAGAUAAGUCGUAUUUCCUGGGUGACUUUUAUUCAUGGGUGGUACAUGUGCUUACCUCUGUCAUUUUAAUACAGUUAUAGAAAGUGGAGCAUAAUCAAAAAUCAGUAAUACUGAAUGAGAUUCUUUGCAUGAUUAAUCAAAAUUUAUAGAAAUAGUUUACAUUAGUAACUUCUAGGUCCGUGACUAAAAGCUUUGAUGGCAUUUGUAUUAUGAAUGGCAAGUGUAAAUAAAUAUAAAAUGGGUAUCAUGUGUCCAAAUAGCAAAACUAUGACUCAGAAAUUAGCAUGGCUAACUUUGUUAAUGUUGCUGAAUCCCUGACUUUUGGAUGAUUCUGUAUAGAUAUGAUGAGAUUUGUGUAAUUCUGGUGCAUUCAACCAUCUACUCGUCAUCUCUUACAACAGCUGU